AUGGGCAAACGGAAGCCAGCUAGGUACAACUCCUGCCACCAUCCCCAGACAAAACAAGCCAUCACCGCCACCCUCACCGAAAGCUAUGGGCAGUUUGUUGGUCGCCAUGAGGUUGUUUUUAUAGUGCUACCCCUAUUGGUCUUUGGUCUUCUUGGCCUCGGGAUCCUGAAGAUGGAAUAUGAGUCUGACGUGGAGCACCUGUACACCCCGAUCAACAGCCAGGCUGCUCAGGACAGAGACAAAAUGAAGGCGAGCUUCCCAGACAGGACAGGAACAAACUACAACACCUACAGUCUGAACGUCGAGGACAGAUACGGGGAGAUCAUCGCAAUCUCAGAAGGAAACAUCUUUUCCAAUACCAGCACUAGCGACAUGAGGAACUUGGUAGAUACGAUUAAACAGUUUGAAGUGGAUUUUGAAGGCAGGACACUCCACUACUCAGAUGUAUGUGCGCGCGCAUCAGACAUGUGUGUCAUUAGUGGUGGCUUCCUCUUACAAGAUGACUUCCUGUCCUCUCUUGAGCAAAGGAACGUCACCUACCCGCUAUGGAACGACGUUGACAUCUCCUUCUUUGUGUCGGGUGUGAAUGUCUCAGGCGAGGUUCUCCAGUCAGCGUCUGUGAUGAAACUCACCUUCCAUCUGCGACAGGACAAUGACACGAUGCAGGAAUAUGCUCUCCUGUGGGAAGACGCCUUUAUUUCGAACAUGUCAUCAUUGUCUGCAACAUUCUUCCCAAUUGGUGUGUCCUUUGCGACAUCCCAGUCGCUGGGGGAUGAGCUCAAUGAGAAUACCAAUGGGGAUGUCUUUUGGUUUUCACUGUCCUUCACAUUGCUUAUAACGUAUGCCAGUUUCGUCUCCGGCGGAGAUUGUGUGUCCUCAAAAAGUCACGUGACAAGAGCUGGUGUCAUGGCUGCUGGGUUGGGAAUCCUUGGAUCGUUUGGACUCAUGAGUCUCUGUGGUGUCAAAUUUGUCAACAUUGUUGGGAUAAUGCCCUUUCUUGUUCUGUCUGUUGGUGUUGAUGACAUGUUUCUGAUGGUAUCAGCUUGGGCUGACACAAACCAAUAUGGUGAUGACUGGGAUAUACCGAAACGGCUGGGUCACACUUUCCGAUUGGCUGGUAUAGGGAUGACAAUCACGUCCCUCACUGAUCUUGUCGCCUUCCUGGUUGGGUAUUCAUCAGUGUUUCUAAGUGUGAAGAACUUCUGUCUCUAUACGGUCUUUGGUAUGGGAAACGCAGUUUUGCUUAUGCCAGUUAUAUUAUCUUUAGUAGGGCCUAUGCCUAAAGAUGACCACCCAAGUCCUCACAAUUUAAGUGAACAAGGAGACAAGAAUAUAUAUAAGGUUGAAGAUGAGUGUGCACCUGGAAGUGCAUCUAGGAGCACAAGUUCAGUGUCUACCCUAAAUAGAAGUGAAUUAGCUUCAACAGGAUCAUUCGCAGUAUCAAAUGUGGGAUACGUGUCCACAAAUGUAACAUAG